GUAACCAAACGUUGCCUUGUCUCUUUUUCUAUUGGUAACAGGUACCAAGAUGAAGUAUGGUGUGAUGUUAUUCCUAUGGAUGCUUGUCACUUGUUACUUGGUCGCCCUUGGCAAUUUGAUCGAAAGGCUAUCCAUGACGGCCAUGCCAACACCUACUUGUUUGUGAAAGAUGGUGUGAAGGUCAAGCUCACUCCCCUGAAGCCUGAAGAAACAAUUGAAAAGAAGGAUGAGGACAAGGCUUUAAUCUCCAUAUCAACCUUUCAGAAGUUGCACCAAGAGUCGGGAACAACAUGUCUCCUACUGUUAUCCAAAGUAAAUGAUGCCACUUGCCCUUUUCCAGAAGAAAUCCGGUCUCUCCUUGAAGAAUUUUCUGAUGUUGUUCCUGACGAGAUCCCUCCUGGAUUACCACCAAUGAGAGACAUUCAACAUGCCAUUGAUUUCAUUCGAGGAUCUAUCAUCCCAAACAAGCCUGCUUAUCAGAUGAACCCUCAAGAGUAUGCGGAACUUCAACCACAAGUCAAAGAACUGAUGGAGAAAGGACUUGUCAAGGAAAGUGUUAGCCCAUGUGCCAUGCCUGUGCUACUCAUCCCAAAGAAAGACGGAACUUGGAGGAUGUGUGUAGAUAGUCGAGCAGUCAACAAAAUCACUAUCAAGUACCGCUUCCUAAUUCCACGUCUUAAUGAUAUGCUUGAUCAACUGCAUGGAGCUACUGUUUUCUCAAAGAUUGAUUUGAGAAGUGGAUAUCACCAGAUUCGAAUGCGUCCCGAUGAUGAAUGGAAGACAGCAUUCAAAACUAGAGAUGGUUUCAAGAAUGAACAGGAGCACCUAGACCAUCUCCAGCAAGUUUUUGAAGUCCUUAGAAAGCAGAAACUUUAUGCUAAUCUCAAGAAAUGUUCAUUCCUCACUACAAGUGUGACAUUUCUUGGAUACAUCAUCACUGCUCAAGGUAUUAAGAUGGACCCCAGUAAGAUUGAUGUUAUUGUCAACUGGCCUACACCAACAUCGAUGCAUGAUGUUCGAAGCUUCCAUGGCCUGGCAUCUUUUUACAGGAGAUUCAUCAAGAAUUUUAGUUCUAUUGUUGCCCCAAUCACUGACAGCCUUAAGGGUGACAAAUUUUCAUGGAGCGGCAAAGCCCAACAGAGUUUUGAAGAAUUAAAGAGAAAGCUCACUGAAACCUCUAUACUUGCACUUCCCAACUUUAACCUGAUGUUUGAAGUAGAUUGUGAUGCUUCUAAUGUUGGAAUUGGUGCAGUGUUAAGUCAAGAAGGUCGACCCAUUGCCUUCUUCAAUGAAAAGUUGAAUGACACAAAGCUCAGAUAUUCCACCUAUGACAAAGAAUUCUAUGCAAUUGUAUUGAAGCACCUGAAUUCCCAACAGAAGAUCAGUCGUCGACAUGCUGCUUGGAGUGAAUUUCUACAAGCUUAUCCUUUCCUCCUCAAAUAUAAAUCUGGAGUCCAGAAUCGUGUAGCUGAUGCUCUGAGUCGCCAACAUGCCUUGCUUACUUCCUUACAAAUGAAAGUCACUGGAUUUGAAGUGAUCAAGGAGUUGUAUGAGGAUGAUCAUGAUUUUAGCAACAUUUGGCAAGCCACUUCUAAUCAAGCCUUUCAGCAAUAUCAUCGCCAGCAAGAUUACCUCUUCAAGGGUAACCGACUAUGUGUUCCACGUUGCUCACUCCGAGAUUCAAUUAUCUGGGAAGUACAUAAUGGUGGAUUAGCUGGUCAUUUUGGGAGAGACAAGACUUUAGCUCUUGUUAAAGAAAGUUUUUACUGGCCAAAAUUGGAGCAGAAUGUCAUUCGUCACAUUCAAAGAUGCAAAGUUUGUCACCGAGCCAAGACAAUCAAUCAAAACACAGGGUUGUAUCUGCCAUUGCCUAUCCCAACUUCACCUUGGGAAGAUGUUAGUAUGGAUUUUGUCCUUGGUCUACCACAAACUCAACGAAGCAAGGAUUCUAUCAUGGUCGUGGUUGACAGAUUUUCUAAAAUGGCUCACUUUAUUGCUUGUUAGAAAACUAAUGAUGCUUUUCUCAAUGCUGAGUUAUAUUUUAGAGAGAUUGUGCGUCUGCAUGGAGUUCCAAAGACCAUCACUUCAGAUAGAGAUGUGAAGUUCAUGAGUCAUUUUUGGAGGACCUUAUGGAGAAAGAUGGGCACUCAACUCCAGUU